UUUGAGCCGGUUUCCGUGCGAGGGUGGUGCGAGCCGACUGCUCGCAAUUCUGCUCGAUUCUGGUGCCAUUUCCUUGGAUUUUUACGAUUCUGGAGACAGUUGGAGGGACCGAAUUUGCCGGGGAUAUUGUCUUUGUGCCCGUUGGGAUAGGAAAGUGCCACGCCCGAAGAGAAAGCGCUGAGUCGGGAAGCGGAGGGACGAGGGAGGCCGGUCGGUUGCGCGUCGCCCAAGCAGACGCAGAGCCCAACACCGACGCGACGUGCUUGCUGUGUCUUGAGGCUCAUGCCGUGUAUUUUCGCAUGCUGCCUUGUGCCUAUAUUAUUUUUUACACUGGAGCGAGCAAUGACCCUGUUCAAGCACCAAAGCCCGCCCUCACGAAAUUCUUGAAAUGACGAAGCCCGAUUUUCUGCAAAGCUUUAGUCUCGCUUAUGAAUUUUUAAUUCUUACACAUUUUGGAAUAAACAAAUAAAAAUACUCAGAAACGGCAAAUUAAUUUAAGUUUGCAUCACAACAGAUGAUAUGCUAGCCAACAAAGUGUCGAGAGGAGUAAUGAAGUCGCAAACGUACUUGUGGCAUUACAAAAACUACAAGAUUUCGGCCGAAUCUGAAAGCUUUUAGCUGUUUGCCUCCUUCAUUUUUUUUCAUCUAGAGAAUAAUUUGCAAAAUUCUAUAGAAAUCUUCUUUUGAAAGAAAAAAAAUACACGAAUGAUUUUUACGAAUAACAUGCCCGGUCUUGUACUCGAAAUUAUCGAAUUUCAUAAUGAAUUGAACCUUGCCGCGUGACAACACCUGCUGAAUUUUGGCGGGCUUUUGCUGCAGUGGUCCGCGGCUGAUUUUUGUGGCGGCGUAUUCGUCGCGGAGUAAAUUUGCUCCCUGUAAACCACCCUUUUCUCCUUGUACAACAAAAUGUAUCAACCAGUGACUGAGGAAAUACCCCCAGACGAAAAACCUCCCGACUCUCCGGACAGUUUCCAACUGGCAAGGGGAGACGAAAGGCCUGUCGAGGAGCAAGACGAUCUCCCGGAGGCAGACCAUGCGGCGGUGGUGGAUGAUCCAGGUGUCGAAUUCAGCUCGUCCCGGUCUGGCCUGCCACCUCGUGAUCAUCAAGCCGGUUCCGGGGCAGCCUCUCAGCAGCAAAGGGACCGAUUUUAUCUGAGGUGGGAACCUCAUUACUUGACAACUUUGCCAGGAAUUAUGAAGAUGCUACAGUUGGUAAUCACACUGACUGCCCUCAUAUGCUCAACGAACAUCAGUUACCGCGGCAGUGAUUAUCUUGCGCUCCCUGCGGCCUGGAAGUUCCGGGUGUUUGUGUUCACAUCGGUACUAUCUCUCCUCUGUUGCAUCGGCCUGCUCUUCUGUCGUGCCACGAAUGUAGCGCGAUCCCUUCCCAUCGACUGGCUCAUGCUGGACAUCAUCUUAAGCUGUUGUCUCAGUUUCCUCUAUUUUGUUGCCUCCUGCAUGAUUGCCUCAGCUAGUGCUGCCUAUAACCGGACAUUUAUAGUCGCUGAUUGGACUGCCAGAAACAAGCUCAUAGCUGGAGUGGUCCUGGGCUAUACAUGCUCCCUCCUCUAUGCCGUCCAUGUCCUGGGCAUCCAUAUUCGCUUCAAGAGGAGGGUCCAGUUUCGUCACCAGCUCCUGCAAGUGGACUCUGGCUCUAUUGACUCCAUACAGCCGGAGGUGUAGCUGCAGCCACAGCAGCCAUGUGCAAUGAUAGUUUACUUGCCAUUACAGAAAAUCGUCUUCAGUGGAAAUUUUUGUUCUCAAUGUUUGACGGAAAUAAGGGUUAACUUUUUGGUGGGUAUUCGGCUCUGGGUACUCUUAGGUAUUUUUCAAGCCUGUUGCUGGGUUUUAGCUAGUGCAUUAGAACAUGAAAGACAAAGGAGUUUAUUGUCUUAGAACUACAAUUUAAGUUUGAAAGAUUUUGAUCUUUUGAAGAUUCAAGUAUCCUAGAAUGUAUCUUUAUUGUGUGCAAUAGACCACUGAAAUAUAUAUCAUGGCAGUGGUGUAUCUAAGGGGAGAGGCAUGGGGGCACUAUUUUAACCUAUACUGUACCCAUUGCCCCCCCCCUCCAAAAUAUGAGGGUCCCCCAUAGUGCCCCCUGCAAUAUUUACCCCCGGUUACACCACUGUAUCAUGGUCACACUUAUUGUAAUACAGUUCCUCUGUGAAUAAUUACCUCCAGGUGUCUUCAACUGUCUUUGUAUUGGACAACUAAAUUCUAUUCUGAGUUUUCUGUGAAAGAUUCCACUGGGGACUUAAUGUCGUUUGGAUGUUGAAACAAUUGUUGAAACAAAUGCCGAGUGCCUAAGAGGCAGAUUUUGCUCGUCAAGCAAUUUCUGCUGAUGGUGUAACCUGGAAUGACACAGUGUAAGGGCGCAAAACUUAACUGCUAGGCACAAAUCAGCCAUGAGCUACUUCAGAGCAGUAUAUCCAUACCAGGAUAUUGAUCAGCGAUCUGAAGGAAACUUGACAAAUUUUUGUUCCCAACUCCAAUGCCUUGACUUGGGCUCAAUUUCUCUGAUAUUCUUCGCAGCGACAUCAUAUGCUGGGCAAAAAAACAAAACCACAAAAAAAAUUUGCCAACCAAUUGGCUUGUUUUCUCAUGGCUUGUUCACAGCCAAGUAUGCUUACUGCAUGACUUUGCUAAGUAGCAUGUCUUCUGCCCUGCAGCUUUGUGAAAUGGGUCCCUGUCUGGCAUGGCAAACUAAAAAAAAAAAGGGCCACAUCAUACAAAUAUUGGGAGAUCUUUGUCGGGAAAACUACCUUGGCUGUUUUCCCAGUGACGUAGCCACUGUAUGUACAUGUACAUAUAGCUGCUUGUGGUGGCUGCCAUGUCUGGCAUGGCACAUAAUUGCAGAUGCUUCACAGAUUCUGUCUGCAGUCUGUAGGCCUGCCUCGGGGAAUGCUAACAAACUUUAGGCUGCUUUAAAAUUCUAGGGAGUGAAUCCUGGCAAGUCAGACCACUCGUUAGAAUUCCAAGAUUUAACAACGGGCCUGGGAGUGUUAAGAUUAUUUCAGAUUUACCUCGAAAUCUGAAUGUUGAAAUGAAAAGAAUAAAGGAAUUAACAUGUGAAAUGCUUUUUGAGUUGCUGGAUGUCAAAAUGGUGAUCCUGCCAGCAAACGGUAAAGGGCCUUUAAUGAUGGCACGCAAUUUUGGCUGGUCUUUUGCCACAGACCUAGCUGCAUCAUUGACAGAUUUGACCAAUUUUACAUGAUGUAAUCAAGUCGCCUUCUCACCAUAACCUCAGUGUUGCUGCACAACGAAAUCAACUUUUAUGUUCAGUUUCAUUUGGGUUGAAACAGUAAAAAGGUGGUAGCAGUGUGGUUGAGCUUUUAGAUUGUUUUUUAGAUUUAGAGUUGCAAAGGAAUAGUUUUAUACAAAAAGACAAUUUGCUAUUUCUGAGUGGCCAUAGGCAUUGCCGUCCACUCCAAGAAAGUCAUCAGGGAAGUUGCCAAGUUUCUUUGGUGUUGCAUUUUCACUCAUGUCAAAAGCUCUCAAACUUUUUGAGUUGACUGAUCAGGAUUCCGGACUGAUAAGGAUCAUUAAUGAUUGGUGGAGUUCUUGUUUAAAUGUACUGUGCUCUUUUACGAAGUAAAUAAAAAAAGGCAAGUGCUUUAUUUAUUUAGUUAAUUAUUUGUUUGUUUUGGUAAAACUCCCAUUUGAAAUAUUUUGGUAUCUCAAAAUGAAGUAUCUUGUGAAGUACCAAGUUUUGAGAACAUUCCAAAAUUGUACAGUAUUAAUAUUUGAGAACUAAUGUAUAUAGACGCACUUGUGCACAAGUAAAGAAAAUAAAUGUGUCUUUUUGUGUUAUAGUUCUUCAGUUUUCCCAAUUGCAUUAGCCCUAGUAAAAAGAUCAUUGCCCUUGUUGGUUUGGCAGGUGUUUUUAUUUUACCAUUAAUUUCCCAUCCUCGAGGGCUGUAAAACAAUGAAUUUGUUGUCCGGCCCGGUGUUUAAUGAAGUUUUUCUUAUGCCUGCCUAUCCUAAUAUUUCACUUAGAGAGGUUAGGUUUUAAAGGCGGACAGAAAGGUUAACAGAAGAACCAGUUUCCUCUGUGGGAGUGGUUUAUGAUUCCUACAUGGGAAAUUCAUCAUGUGCAAUAUCUUAAAAGGUGCAUCAUGGAUGGUUAUUGCAGUUUAACACUUAUGAUUAAGAAAAGAUAGCAUGUAGGAAUAAAUUUCAGCCUUGGGCUUCAUGCCCUUUAACCCUUUUUCAAAAGAAAGAAAACAGUUUCAGUAUUCCCUGGAUCAGCAUUUGUGAAAUCUUUCAAGAUCAGAUCCUCAGCUAAAUGUGAGCCCUCAUAUAGCAGGAUUUUUUGGUUACUGUUCAACUGAAUUUCUUUUUCCUCUUGGCAAAAAUGUAGCCUCUCACAAUUGGAAGAGAAAAAAAAGGCUGGACUGAUAAAAACCAUUCAGCUGCCCAUGCAUAAGGUGUUAUCUGAAAAACAAUUUAUAUGUACGACUUGGGCAUCUUGAGAUCCAAAUUAUUACCCAGGAGGCCCCAAAUUGCGGGCCUAUAGGGGGCGGCUACAUUCAGAAAUGUACAUUCCAUUGUUUAUCUAGUUUUAUUUUUGUACAUUUUUGUAUCUUAAGUCAUUUUUUAUCUAGUCUUUUUCUUGUAUUUGUUGACAUUUUUAUGGAGACCCUCUCGACAGUGAUUGAGUUCGCUUUUCCGCUAUCCGUCAGGGGCGUCAGCAAAUAUUGUUCCCAUAUGUUGAUAUGUAUCAGGUUUUAUAUUUUGUGUUGGUUUUUGUACCCUGAGAAAUAAUAAAUGAAAUGAAAUCUGUAACUAGUGGGGGGGAGGGGGGCAUGCAUGCAGGGACUUGAUUGCCAGGCCCCUCUCUCAUUCAGAAACUGGCCCCAGUAGUAAUGAGUGCUCAUCAUUUGGCAUGAGACACUCUGCAAGAUUACAACUCUGUUGGCCUUGUCUGGUUCCAUUGUUCUGAUUUAUCUGUCUCAUGGCAUUUUGUUUAGUCUUGUUUGAAGUUGUCAUGGUCUUUAUCUGGUCUUUUCCUUCUUCCAGAAUCUUUGUAUGUUUUCUUUGGUGGUGGUGGGGGGUUGACUGAUUUUGCACUCUUUAACAAGUGUUGGCAACUCUAAUUUCAUUGUCGAGCCCUGAGGUUGUAUUUUUAUAUCCCCGAUUCUCCUUUUAUCUCCAUAUUCUGAUUUCUCUAUCUGUUUCAUAGCUACUCUUUGUGUGCCAUUCUUUGGGGUGUUUUGUUGUCAUGCUCUCGUCCCCAUCCUUCUGCAUUCAACCUGUUGUUUCUGAUUUUCCUUUUUGGAGGUAAAGCAGCCUGCUUUACCACUAGACACCACUGAUGGAAUGGGGGAGGGGACAACAGGUGCCACAGCCUGGCCCCAAAGGAGCAAAUUAUUCUGUUGCUUGAAAAUGAGAAGAAUAGUGUUUUGAGGGGACCAUUUCAAUUCCGUUCCCUCCAAAAGCAUGUAAAAGACUCCAAAGUUUAGCUUCACCCCUCACGGGCCCUAAAAAACUGACAAAAUUUACCAAAUCUUUUGGGUCCCUGGAACGGUUUUUGCCCUUUUGAAAAAAAAAAAAAUUAGUUUCAGGCACGCCAGACGCUCAAAAGUCGCUGCUUUAAAACUGUCUGACCCCAUAUGCAGGUCUGUGUAUAGCUGAAACCUUAUAGCAUUUGGAUGGACAAUAAAAUGAAGUUAGCAACAGGGAAAUAAGGAUAGUGACCUGGAGGGUUUGGCACAUGUAUGUGUAAUGCUGACCUGUUUCAGUGCAAGAGUACACUCAUCUGUUUUGACUUGCCCAGGUUUUUUUUUUUUUAAUGUAAAGAUCUAUCCUGACAGUGAGGCCCACUUUCUGGUGAACUACUGCCAACAAGAACGUGUUGGCUUAUCAAUUGACUGGACUUUUAGUUUUUAGUAUCUGCACUGAUAAGGGAAGCCAGAGGUACAGAAAGUCAGCAAUCUCACCGUUCAUGGGUAGUUAAAUGAUAGCUGUGGCAUAUAUCAUUCAGCAAAUGCACACUGUAUGGACAGGAACUUUUGUCCUGGCAUAAGAGUAACUUAACACCCUGUAUAUAAUUUGGGCAUGCUGCUAUUGUCUGUUUAGUCCAACAUGUUGCUGUUUAACACUUAAGUGUAUAAUGAAUAACUUUUUGUACCUCAUUUGCCAUCUUAUUUUAUUAUUGCAAUAACAAAGUGAAAUUGCACAGUCAG